AUGUACAGGGAGUACCAGAUCAAUGUGGAGCUAUGUACAGAGCUAUGUGGAGCUAGGGAGUACCAGAUCAAUGUGGAGCUAUCGAUCCAUGGAUAUCCCUGUUCAUUUCAAAGGAGCAGACUCUCUACAAAACAAAGGCCUAAGAGUUUUGAUAGAGACCAACACACAACGUUGGCCUCUGAUGAUGUGCUGCCCCCUCCUGGUGACAUCCAGGUCCUGUUGCUGACGUCAGACUCUGUGUCUCUGAGCUGGGGUCCUCCUGAAGGGUUGAAGGGACCACAGAAGUUCAGAGUGACCUGGGGUUGUGACGUGGAACCGCGCAGUAUAGGGGUGAAAAAUGUUCAUGAAGUUGAAAUAAGCAGACUCAACCUUGGUAAAAAGUACCAGUUCAGUGUGGCUACAGAGGGAGAAGAUGGAAGACAAAGCAGAUGGGUCUCAGCAUCCCUAUCCGCAGUACCUCCUGCUCCAGACCAGCUGAAUGUUGACUCAGUGGAUGCCACAUCAGCUGCUGUUAGCUGGAGUCAGCCACCAGGAUUGGACCAAACCCAACAUCAUUACCAGAUCUCCUACCACUGUCCAGAGACAGAACCACACAUCACUACCACAUCUUCACAAAGCAUCACUCUCUCUGAGCUGCAAGGUGGUACUCAGUACUCUGUCUCUGUCUGUACUGUGCUGGAAGAUGGAAGGAAAAGUCAACUGGUGUUAACAACCCUCACCACAAGAUCCUAUCUGAUGGAGCUGUUGUCAAAGACUGGACUGGAAGAUCAUUAUGAAAACAAGCUGACGUUAAGUUCUGUCCUUGAGAUAAAUGCUGAUACUACAUCAGAUGAACCUCUUACCACUAUGCAGUCACUUCCCGGGAUCUUCCUUAAGAAAUUAAUGAUGGCAAAUCUGAAUGCUAGGAGUGUCAAAUGUAUGUCCACUGAUGCAGAAGUUUCAUUUCCGGGUACAGACCGUUUUGAGAAUCUAAAAAGUGACUCUGCUAACAGUAAUGUCAUUAAUCCACUGGACCUGAUAACUGCCCUGUUUCUGUGUUCAGAUGGUUUCCUGCAGCAGGAGAUGGUCCAGAAAAUGUCCAUGUGUCAGUUUGCUGUUCCUCUCUUGCUGCCAAACUGUGACACAGAACAAAGCACUUUGAUGCUGUGGGCCUUGAGAGACAUAGUGAAGAAGUUUAGACUCUCUUCCCAAACAUCCACAAAGACUUUUGUUGAGGAGAGAAUUGUACUCUCUGAUAUUCCCAUGGUGUCCUUUGUUAGGUUAGGUGAGAUUAGAGUGUCCAAGUCUCAGAUCUUGAACAAGUUGCUUAGUAACCCUCAACAGUACCAUGAUACAUUUGUUCAUCAUGAUAUGGAAUGUGGUGACAUCACUCAUAGAAUCUCAGAUGGUCUGGUUGAAAUCAGCUGGUACCUUCCAUGUGGGAACAGAAACAUAGACAUGUUCACUAAGCCUGUGGUGGUGGCCAAUCUCAGAGGAGACAUCAGGUCCUUUGAAAAACAGUUCUCCUUUCUGUGUCAAACAUCAGCUGCAGUUUACAUUUUCACUGAUGAUUUAAAGGCAUAUCUCAAUUUGUUGAAAAGCAAAAACACAAAAGCAGAGUUAUUUCUGGUCGUCAACUCUCAAAGAAAAUCGUUCAGAGUAGACACAUUAAAACAAAUGAUCACAAACUGCAGUAUCAAUGACCAAAAUGUGAUUGUCAAGAAAAAGAAAAACGAUGCAGAAUUUGUCAAAACGCUGCAAUCAUCUGUUGGUGACAUCAUUGAAAAUAGUCCAGACCGGUUGACAGUGGAAAACAUGACUGACAUAGCUCGUCACAGUGGGAUUCUGGUUGAUGAAGACCGCCAUGACUGUCAGAGUGCCAGGAAGAUGGUAGAUGAAAUCACCAGCAACAUCACAGACACAGUCAAAUUUAAAGACAAACAGCUUCCCUUACAAGGGCACAUCUGUAAAAAGCUUUCCCAGUUGGAGAAAGAGAGAUGUAGGCUGAGAAAAGCAGGGGAUCAAGACAUUGAACACUACAGGAGCUCUCUGAAGAAAAAUGAGGAAGAGCUGAGAAAGAAACAAUAUAUAUUGUCAGAUGCAAUGAAAAGCUUCAUUUUUGGAAUGUCAAGAUCAGGACCUGAGCGUUCCUAUUUCCUCAAAUGGAUGCAGAUAAAUCUGGACAAUCUGUCACGUCAGAACCUGUCUGCUUUGAGGGACCAGUACAAAGAUCUUUGCCAAAAUUCUCAGGAGAAAAAAGAUGACAUUAAAGAUUUGGAUAAGCAGUUAUCUGACUGUUCCCUGGGACUUGAACACUUCCUGCGUGAGUUGGGCCAGUUAUAUGAAGCUGCCUGCUCCCUCCCUGUAGACAGUCCUCAAAGGGAACAGAUGGAGCAGCUCCCUGGAUUGUGUGCUCAGAUGCUGUUGGAUGGUUUCCCCGUUGAGCUUGUGGAUGGAGAUGCAUCAAAUAUCCCUCUGACAUGGAUUUCAGCUGUUCUGACUCAGCUUCAUACUCUUGUGGACUCCAACAGCAAGAUCCGGGUUGUGACAGUUUUAGGGGACCAAGGUACUGGGAAGUCCACUCUCCUCAACACCAUGUUUGGAGUCCAGUUUGCUGUCAGCAGUGGAAGAUGCACCAGAGGGGCCUUCAUGCUGCUGAUUAAAGUCAACAAAGAACUCAAGGAGGAACUGAAAUGUGACUUCAUCAUGGUGAUUGACACAGAGGGGUUGAAAUCACCAGAGUUGGCUCAACUUGAUAAACACUAUGAACAUGACAAUGAACUGGCCACACUGGUAAUUGGACUCAGUGAUGUCACUAUCAUCAACAUCUCCAUGGAGAACAACACAGAGAUGAAAGACAUUCUACAGAUUGUUGUUCAUGCUUUUAUCAGGAUGAAGGAAGUGGGGAAGAAGCCAGUAUGUCAUUUUGUGUACCAAAACGUGUCAGACAUGUCUGCUCAUGACAACAACAUGAGAGAGCGGAAGAAGUUGUUGGAACAGUUGAAUGAAAUGACCCAGGCAGCAGCCAGAAUGGAGAAGAAGGAGAAUAUCACCAAGUUCACUGACGUGAUGGAGUAUGAUCCAGACACAAGCAGCUGGUACAUCCCAGGACUCUGGCAUGGGACUCCCCCUAUGGCUCCAGUCAAUGCUGGCUACAGUGAGGCUGUGUAUGAUUUAAAAAAGAGCUUGAUGCAAGACUUAAUAAAAUGCCAGAGUAAUGAUGACAUGACACAUUUCCUGAAGUGGACAGAAAGCUUGUGGGAGUCUGUCAAAUUGGAGAAAUGAAUUGUAAGUGUCAGAAACAGCUUGGUUGCAGAUGCUUUCACCAGUUAAUGCUUUAAGUACAAUGGUUGGAACGGUCCUUCAAGAAGGACAUUUAUUCCUGGAUAAUGGGUGCUGAAAGCAGAAUAUAAAACAGAUCCAAACCCCCAACUGAGCCUUUGAAACGUGCUGAAGGACUUGUCCUGUCAUCCCAAUGGUGGAAGCAGCUUAUUACCGUCACUAGGACAGCAGAAUCCCUGCCCAUCAGGUUCUAAGUGUUCUAAGUUACCAGUUAGAAUAGUAGAAUACACAAGGUGCAAUUUAGAAAUGUGGUUUUAUAUCAGCAGUUUUUCUCUUGUUAUGUAAGUCAUUGACAGUCAGUCAUUUAGCCCAUGUCCGUAAAACAUUUUUAGAUUGCUAAGUUAGUUUAGCGGCCAGCUAUCUAAACAAUUAUGGUUGAAUUACCUGCUGGGGGGGCCCUAUUGUUUUUGUAUGUCAGUCUAACUCAGAUAUUAUAUUAAAAACUGCAACCAUUUUUCUCCAACCUACUGCAAUAUGUGUAGAAUUCCAGCAAACUUGCUUUAAAAUUGUCACAUUUUCUCUACACCCCAUGGCAAAACUGUAGUUGCAUGCUAAAGUAUUAUGUAACACGUUCAUUAUUCUUUUGUUUAUUUUUGUCAGUUUUGUCAAAUGUAAAGAAUGUGUUUACCUCUGAUUUAAUUUUAAAAAAUGCAGCAUUAUUUUACUGUAGAAAAAUGCAUGUAACAAUGAAUGAUUCCUCUCCCAAACAUCAAACUAAAAUGUUAUUGACACAAAGUUAUUUUUAAUUCAUUCCCUUUUAGGAAAUUAAAUACAUAAAUAAUAAAAUGUAUGAAACUACUUGAAUGAACAUUUAUUGUAAUUCUAAUGAAUUACAUCACGAUUAUAUAAUCAGACAGUUGCACUGUUCUUAGUGUCUGAUCAAUAAUCUGAAAAGAAUGUACAAUUUGUCAAUAAAUCAGCAUUUGUUAAAGAUGCAGUCCGGGAUCUACUUCAGGAUUGGUGGGUCCCCUGCGGAAUGGUUGAGCUAACGUAGGCUAAUGUGAUUAGCAUGAGGUUGUAAGUAACAAGAACAUUUCCUAGGACAUAGACAUAUCUAACAUUGGCAGAAAGCUUAAAUUCUUGUUAAUCUAACUGCACUGUCCAAUUUACAGUAGCUAAGACAGUGAAAAAAUACCAUGCUAUUGUUUGAGGAGAAUGCACAGUUUUAAACAUGAAAAGUUACUAAUAAACAAAUCAGGCACAUUUGGGCAGUCUUGAUACAACAUUUCGAACAGAAAUGCAAUGGAUCAGUCUGAAACGUUGCACAUACACUGGCCAUCUAGUGGCCAAAAUCUAAAUGGCAGCUGUGCUGGAAUAAUACAUUAUGGCCUUUCUUUUGCAUUUCAAAGAUGAUGAUGAUAAAUUACAAAAAACUGUUAUUUGUUUCUAUGUAUUAUCUUUUACCAGAUCUAAUGUGUUUUAUUCUCCUAGAUUCCUUUCAAAUUUCCACAAACUUCAGUGUUUCCUUUCAAAUGAUACCAAGAAUAUGCAUAUCCUUGCCUCAGGGCCUGAGCUACAGGCAGUUAGAUUUUGGUAUGAAAUUUUAGGCAACAUUUUUUUUAAAGGGGCCGGUCCUUAAGAGGAGCACCUCCAAUUCGUAAUAUAUAUAUAUAUGUGUGUACCUACCUCAUCAUGCCUUUUGCACACAAUGUAUAUAGACCCUUUGUUUCUACUGUGUUAUUGACUUGUUUAUUGUUUACUCAAUGUGUAACUCUGUGUUGUCUGUUCACACUGCUAUGCUUUAUCUUGGCCAGGUCGCAGUUGCAAAUGAGAACUUGUUCUCAACUAGCCUACCUGGUUAAAUAAAGGUAAAAAAAAUAAAUAUAUAUAUAUAUAUAUG